GUAAAUACUGUUAAAAUAAGCAUGAAGGGCCCCACUCUUGCUCUGUUCCUCUUCUCCGUCCUGUUGACUGCGGUGCAAGCGAGAAGCAGGGAGACCGUGAAGCUCUGUGGCCUCGACUACGUGAGAACAGUCGUCUACAUCUGUGCCAGCUCUCCAUGGAGGAGGUACCUGGAGGAGGCGCCCCCAACUCAGCGAGCCCAGCCAAGAAGCCACUUUCAUCUCCCAGACAGACAGGAGACAUCCAAGGAAACUCUUGAGCACAAGCUUCCCGAGAUGAAUUUCUCAGGCCAGGAGCUUGUUCAGGAUCCACAGGCGCCCGUGGACAGGCUUUGGCAGUGGAAGAAGUACUCGGUGAUGUACAAACGAGAUCUGUGCUGCACGGAAGGCUGCUCCAUGACUGAGCUCAGUACACUCUGUUAG